AUGCAUUCCUACAUUCGGCCUCGCCAGUUCGUGGCGAUACAACUGCCGUCAGACCAGAUCCGGAUCACUAAGAUUGUUCCAAAUACCAUAGUGCAGCUAGGGAAAUACGGUAGUUUUGCCGCAAAUCAAGUCCUCGGUCGGCCUUUCCACUUGACAUUUGAACUUUUGGACGCUCCAGAACCGGACGGAUAUCGUUUACGCGUCGUCUCGGCAACCGAGCUUCAUGCUGAAACCUUGAUUGAAGAAGCAGAAGGCGAGGAGGGCGAAGCGGACGACGCACUGCCCACACGUACCAACCAGAACAUCGUCGACGAUGGGUCAGCGCAGAAAUUGACGGUACAAGAAAUUGAGGAGCUCAAGAAGGAAGCAGGUGGCGCGGGCAAGGAAAUCAUUGCGAGGAUCUUAGAAUCGCAUUCGGGAAUCGACCAGAAGACUGCUUUUUCACUUGCAAAAUACACUCUCCGCAAGCGCAAGAAGUUCAUUCGCAGAUUCAGCAUCGUCCCUCUGGACGUCAGUACUCUCGCGCAUUACUUGAUGACUGAGCGGGAUGCCGCAAAGACUAUGGAGCUACGAGAUGAGCACAUUGGUCUGUUAGGAUGUUUAGCGAAUGUGCAUCACGGAGGCAAUUUGCCUGUCAAUGAAUCAAACAAACCCAAUGGCCGAUAUUUUGUGGUUGAUGAAACAGGCGGCUUGGUGGUGGCUGCUAUGGCCGAGCGAAUGGGAAUCCUGUAUCCUCCCGAUGAAGAGGACGAGGAUCAGGACGAGGAUCAGGACGAGCUUCCCAUCGAAGAACCUUCUGGUACAGAUCAGGAUGGGCAGGCCAAGGCCAAACCCCAACCACGCCGUGCUUCCCCUCGCGCAAUGUCGGCGACAGGGAAUAGUAUCACCGUGGUUCACGCCUACAGUCAGCCAAAUUUGACAUUACUCAAAUACUUCGGGUACGAUGUUUCAAAUCCCGAUGAAUCGCACCCUCUUUUUACCCAUUUGAAGACUGUCUCUUGGCUACAAUUGGUCGACCCCCUGUCUGAUCCAAUCUACGCGAAUAAGCCCGAGUCCCGUUCUGCUGAAGAGGUGGCUUCGCUGAAAACCAACAAGCGCACUAUAUACUAUCACAAGAUUGCUCGCUGGGAGCGUGUUAAGAGCGUCACUGACGAAGCCCGUGCGGGUGGAUUUGAUGGACUGGUUGUGGCUACGCUCCUGGAGCCUCCUGGAGUCUUGAAAACCCUUGUUCCACUUCUCGCCGGCUCGGCCUCAGUGUCUGUGUAUUCACCAUACAUUGAGCCGCUGGUUGACCUUGUCGAUCUUUACUCAACUGCACGCAGGACGUCUUUCAUCUACCAAAAACGAGACAUAGAGGCAGAAACACCCGAAGGGGAAGAACCUGACCUAUCGGUGUUAUUUGAGGAAUUUAAGGUCGACCCAACUCUUCUCCUUCCUCCGAGCCUACAGACCACGCGUGUCCGAGCUUGGCAAGUCCUCCCGGGUCGGACUCACCCUCUCAUGAGUGCACGGGGAGGUGCAGAGGGUUAUCUCUUCCAUGCCAGCCGCGUUAUACCCACCAAGGAAAAUAUCCGGGCCGCCGGGACCUUCCGCAAGAAGCGCAAGUUGGAGUCAACAUCUACCCCUAAUAAUGAACGUGAUGUGGUGAUGCGAACUUGA